GAAACACACAGGAAUCAUGCCUCGGUCGGAAGCUCUUUCUCAUUCUCCCUCUAGGCGACACGUCAUAUCAGGUGGUACUCGCAGCCGUUCUCAAGCCCCCAUCAGACUCAAAGACAGCCAGUGGCAAAGACUGGGUGUCAAUCAAUCUCUCAUCCACUCUUUACUCCUGCGCGGCUUCAAAUCUCCCACUCCCAUCCAGAAGUCUACGCUUCCUCUCACACUCGCUUCGCCGCCAAGAGACGUUCUAGGCAUGGCUAGGACUGGAUCCGGAAAGACGUUGGCCUAUCUCAUUCCUCUUCUUCAACGAUUGUCUUCCUCUGCCGUCCCUGUCCCGUCCAUCAAGGCUCUCAUUCUAUGUCCAAGUCGAGAGCUCGCCGUUCAAAUACUCAAAGCUGGCAAAGAUCUGGCUCGGGGUCUUCGGAAAGAACCGCUCAAAAAUGAGCAACCUCUGAGAUGGGCUAUCAUCAUGGGCGGCGAAAGCUUGGACGACCAUUUCGAAGUGCUUUCUGGAAAGCCGGAUGUAGUAGUAGCUACGCCAGGGCGGAUGCUGCAUCUCAUUGUCGAGAUGUCGCUCGACCUCCGCACAUUAGAGAUGGUCAUUUACGACGAAGCCGAUCGGCUCUUUGAAAUGGGGUUCGAAAGUCAACUCCGCGAGAUCUUGCACCGGCUACCCUCGACUCGCCAAAGUCUCCUUUUUUCCGCCACUCUCCCUACCAAAGUUGCCGAGUUCGCCAAGGCCGGUCUGGUCAAUCCCAGCAUGAUUCGACUCGAUGCCGAGCAAACCAUCAGCGCAGAUCUACGACUACAUUUUGCCUAUGUGAAACCUGCCGAUAAAGACGCCGCGGUGCUGGCUUUGCUCGGAGUCCUGCUCGGGAAAUCCGGUCCAUCGAGUCCAGAGGGUUCCAGUCAGAUCAUCAUAUUCGUCGCAACCAAACAUCACGUAGAAUACCUGGUGUGUCUUCUCCGUGCAGCGGGCUACGAGUCGGCAUAUAUAUACGGAUCGCUCGAUCAGGUCGCUCGGAAAACCCAGAUCGACUCCUUCCGGGCCGGUCGCCAACAAAUCCUUGUUGUCACCGAUGUUGCGGCUAGGGGUUUAGAUAUUCCCAUGAUCGGCAAUGUAAUCAACUAUGACUUCCCUACCGGGGUGAGAGGAUUUGUGCACCGAGUUGGGAGGACAGCGCGAGCGGGACGCCGUGGGAUGGCGUGGUCACUGGUGACCACCGGUGAUAUAGCACAUCUCUUCGACCUGGACGAGGCCCUUUCGGUCAAAAUCUUCGAUGCUUCACCUCCACUGAUCGGGAGACUGCCACAACAAGUGCUCGAAACACACCGCGAGCGGAUUGCUGUCGGCCUAGCUGAGUCCGAUCGCUCUCUGGCAGCGUUACGUAUGGUAAAAGAUCGGGGACAAGCGAUGUUCGAACGCUCGAAAAGUCGAGCGUCCGCAGACGCUCAUCGUAUGAGCAAAUUGUGGAUCCGAAGCUCACAUGAUGGCUCCGACUUGGCGGUCCUACCCGUUUUCGUCACCUCCCACCCCGCUGUUGCGAACGAACGCUGUGACGAUUUACUACGUGCUAUCGAAACAUAUCGGCCCAGGACUUCAGUCGGAAAGUCUAGCAGUCGGGUGUCGAGCAAAGCUGUUGUCGCCGUCUCAAAACUCGAACGCGCCACGGUCGUGAGUGAGUAUCGUCAAGGAUCAGCCGACUUUGUACCUUUGGGCGCUCUCUCAAGAUCUUCAACAAACGAGAGAGUCUUUUUGACUGUUCCCUCUUCGCGAAGUUCUUAUCGGAACUCAGAAUUUUUUCUGCCGCAUGCACGAGAAGACGCCCAACACGAGAAGACAUAUUCUAUCAACGGUGCGGACUGUUUCUCGUCACAACUCCGCUCGGCCACAUUCAAUAUGUCUGCCGAUGAAGGUCCUCGACCCAGACUGCAGAAGGCUAGCCAGCUUCGAUGGGACCGCCGGAAGAAGAAGUUUGUGCAGGAGAGCAGCAUCGAUUCUACCAAUCAGAGGAUGGUUCGCAGUGAAAGUGGGGCUUUAUUACCGGCGUCAUUCAGCAGCGGCCGUUUCCGGGAUUGGUCCACAAGACGGCGCGUCACGAGUGCCGGUCGCGGGAGGCAGCAUUCGGAUCGUACCCAAGCUGAGCAUCAGAGUGUGAGACGAGAUGGAAAUGCCACACAUUGAAUUCUUCGAGGGCCAAAUAGAGCAAAGCUGAGUCAGAGCCACGUCAGUGAACAUCCUUGAACGCAUUGUACACACUGGUGAAGGGUAGGAUACAGGUAAGAGUCAGCGAUGUUGAGCCGAACGUAGAUGGCAGUCAGUGUGACAUGCAUAUACUAUAAAUAUUGGCGGUCCACGCCGAAAUCCCACCACGUCAUUCCUUCGAUAACACUCGACGUCCAAUGUCAAGCUGCUGACUCUACGGAAGCCUGAAAUCAGGCAAUCACGCAAACACCUGAGGGGUCGCCUCGGUUGCCGCCGCCCUCCUCGUUGACAGGCCCGAAGACGAUUAUGGUCUCCUCAUUGACAGGAGUAGGGGAACUGAUGGUGAAAGCGUCCAUUGUAUUGGCAGAGAGAUUGGUUGAUUGUGUGAAAGGUUGUUCGGUUGUAAAGAUGAUUCGUUUGGU